GUAGCGUGAGAGUAACUAGGAAGUGAGUCGGUAACUAAGGAAAACUGGGGGACUCAAUAAAAGCGGUUUUUCUGCGUAGAAACGCAAAACGUCGACUGGUUUUAACAAAAUACUGAGAGAGAACAAUUCAGUUCACCACCGGAAGGAUAAAUCCAUGGCCCUGCCGACCCUCUCGGCCCAUGUGCCCAGUCGGUCCCGGGUGCUGGCCGGACAGCUGGCCCGGCAGCGGGAGCAGGAAGCUCGGUGGCGGCAGCAGUGGGAGCUGCAUGCUCAGUACUUCAAGGAGCAGAAUGUCCGCAGCCACAGACAGGCGGUGUGGAGCUCCCAUCGGUCCUACCAGCAGAGUAUGUCGGCCUACCAUAAACAGAGACUGAAGGAGGAAAAGGAAGCCAGCCUGGAGCAGCGCAGGAAUCGGCUCAAGGCCAUGCUUCAAGAGGAGCAAGACCGGCUGGAGGGGGAGCUGAGAGGAGUAGUUCCUGACAGUAGCACAUUGGCAAGUCAGCUGGUGGAAAAGACUGACGAGCUUCGUACAGCAAGAGAGGAAAGAAGAAAAAAGCUUGCACAAGAGCUGCUGAGGGAGCACUGGAAGAAAAACAACGCAGAAUUGCGAGAGGUUGAGUCGGCAUUACAUAAAGAUCAUGUUGUCAACCAAUGGCAGGUGCAGAUAUCUGAGAAGAAACAGCAAGAAGUGGCGGAGCAGGAAGAGAAGAAGCGCUUUGAAAAUGAGUAUGAGAGGACCCGAAAAGAAGCUCUGGAGAGGAUGAAGCAAGCUGAGGAGAAAAAGCACAAAGAGGAGCAGAAGAGGGCGGAGGAACUUCGCAAACAGAUGCAAGAACUGAAGCUGAGGGAAGAGGAGGCAACUCGCCUGAAGAAGGAGCAAGAGGCUCUGCUGGUCAAACAGUGGGAGCUGGAGAAGAUAGAGGAGGAAAGGAGAAAGGUUGAGGAAAUGCGAAAGAAGUCUGAGAUGGGGCAUUUCUUAAUCCGUCAAUAUCGCGCUCAGCUGAAGAGGAGAGCCCAGCAAGUGCAGGAGGAACUGGAGGCAGACUGUAAGAUACUGGCAGCCUUGCUAGAAGGUCAGCAGGAGGACAGGAUGAUAGAGACUGCACGAAGGGAAAGGGCCAUCGCUGAUGCUGCCUGGAUGAAACGUGUGAUUGAAGAGCAGCUUCAGUUGGAGCAGGAGAGGGAGGCUGAGUUUGAUAUCCUACAUAGAGAAGAAGCUCAACGUGUGUGGGAGAAACGAGAAGCACAGUGGGAGAAGGAGAGGAAAGCCAGAGAACGGCUCAUGCAAGAGGUACUUGCGGGGAGACAGCAGCAGCUGGAGCUGAAGGUGCAACAGAACAGAGAGGCUCAGGAGGAGUCCCUGAGGAGAAGAGAACAGCUGAUCCAGGGGCUGGAGCUGGAGAGGGAGACAAGGCGCCAGGAGAAGGAGCAAGAGGAGGGCCGUAGGACCACAAUGAUGCGAGAGAUAGAUGCUCAGGUGGAGCAGCAGCGCCAAGAGCAGUGGGAGGAGCAGUGCAGGUUGGAGCAGGAGGAGGAGGAAGACAGGGAGGCUCUUCAGAUCCAGGAGGAGGAGCUGAGGCUGGAGAUGCAGAGGAUGGCCAAGAAAGGGUACCAGGAGAAGAUUCACAGCAGACCUCGAUCAGCAUGGACAUGAGCAACCUGCAAGACUUAGGUCAAAACUGAAUUGUGAGAUGUUUAUUUUUCUACCUGUAAAUUAGCUUUAAAGGAUAGUUUCACAUUUUUUCAAGCAUGUCUCAAAGCAAUGCGCACAUGCCUACAUGUAAAUCGGAGCAGUUAGUGGUCACUGUUCUUGUUUCUCUUGUCCAUACUGGCCAUGAAGAGAUCCACUCCUAAUGUGAUUCAGAAUAACUCACGAGGGAUAAAAUCCAGUCCUCAUUCAGUGUAAACAUGAAUUUCAAACUUCUUUCAAUCAAGUGGGGAUCUUUCUUUUUAGUGCGUCAUUCUCUCUUUUUGCUUUUCAUGUUGAGCCACAGUGAAGACACAAUAACACAAAGAGAGGAUUUCAUACCAAAACAAUUACGACUUUGGAAGGUACCCACUUGAUUUGGCCACCUCCUGAAGCUUCAUAUUAUCUUUGGUUUAAGGGAAUACCUGGAGUUUUUCUCACGUGCCUCCACACUGAACGGAGAAUCCAAAACAGGCGAACAUUCUUCAUGAGCCUUAGUAAACAGGUCUGCAUUUAACAACAGCAAAACUGUAUCAAAACAUUCAUGUACUCAUUUAUCCAGUCGUAUGCUCAGUCUUUACCAAACAUAUGCAUUUUCACUAAAACCUUACAAUUUAAAACACUUCCACACAAACAGUUUCAUGCAUGGAUGUGUAGCGCACCUGGCCAAGCACAUGCAUUUGAACUGUGCUCAAGUGGGCUCUGUGCGCUACUCAUAGGUCACAAGUGCUUUAUACUAAUAAAUGCAUCUGUUUGUGAAGUACUGAGUAUAUGACUAGAUACAUGAGACUUGGAUUGAACUGCAAGAGUUGUGUGAGAGUUUGUAAACAGAUGUUUUGAUAUAGUUUUGUUGUUGUCAAAUGUGGACACUGUUUACUUAAAUUCAUGAAUGUUUGCCUUUUUUGGAUUCUCCUUUUACCCUGGAGGCAUGCAAGACUAACAAAGUUUUCUUCAUGACUUAAAUGUAACACAUGGUGAGGAAAUAAUACACAGACUGUCAUUUUGUGGGGGAAGUAUUCCUUAAACAUUUAAAUACAAAUACACUGUGGAGGGAUCUUUUCAUCGCUGGUAUGAAGAGAAUGAACAAUCAUCCGCUAAUAUCUCUUGUUAUAUGUACGUUUAGUACACAUGGACUUGCAAGUUUUGUUUCAAGACAGAUUUUUUAAAAGAUAUGAACCUUUUCUUUUAUGCUUUUUAAAUAAUGUAACACUCUGUAGGUUAUAAGGUCAUAUUGUGCCAUCUUGAUGUUAAUAAUUAAAUGCUGGCUGUUUGUGUAUGUAGAGAACUGAUGGAUUUUUUUGCACUUUUAGAGCUGUUAAAGAAGUAUAUAUUUUCUAUCCUGAAUUUGCAGACUGUUUAAUAAAACUUUUA